UGCCGGCCGGUGGGCCAUAUAACAGCUUAAAGAUGAGCAUUGUACGAUUGAAUGACGAUUGUCUGUUAAAAAUUAUAGAAUACCUGGACUUUGAUGAGCAAUUGGACCUAUGGGAGGCAACCGAGGACACGAGCCGCCUACGCUUGGCGGUGGUCUACACCUGGCAGCGCAUGUUCCAAAAGUGCUUAUACAGAGAUACCUUCGAGGGGCGCUUACUCGCACUGGAUGGAUUUCUGGAGUGUAUGAAGGGCACAAUGAAGCAUCUGACAAUCACAUAUCUUCCCGAGGAUCAGAUGGAACGUUUUAGCCGGCACGUGUUUCCAAACAUGCGCGUCCUCGACUAUAUGGCAGAUGAGACCGAUGACUGGAUCGACGAUUCGGACAUUAAGAUUCUUGUACACAGCUUUCCUCAGCUGGAAUCGCUUAAAUUGACUGGCAUGUGCAAAGGCAACGACCUGUACAAGAUGCAGCACAUUCGGCACUUGGACAUUGCUCAGUGCUGGAACCUGAGCCUCGAAUGCAUUUUGAACGUCUGCGCGCAUCUUCGCUUGCGUGUGCUGUGUGUCCAGUGGCGACGCUCGGAGGAGAAGGCAUACGUGGAUGCCAUUAGCAAGCUAAAGAACCUGGAAGAGCUGGAGGUUGAGGUGAUCCAGUCGGAAUCAAUUCCCCAGCUAAUGCGUCUGCCCAAGCUGCGCAAGUUACGCGUCAUCACGAAUCACGAAUGUGAACUGGUUGGGGAUAUUGUGCAGUUGCGUGGAAGUGACAUCAUUUCCGCAUCGUUCAAUGACAGCAUUUGGCUGUGGACAGCCAGAACCUGGACACCGUGUUGCAAUCUGCGCAAACUAACGAUCAUCGAUGAUGAGGGCUGCAGACGGCCAAAGUUGAGAAAAGUUAUCCAGUGCUUUCCACUGCUAGAUCAAGUGCAUCUGGUGAAUUCGCCUAUUUUCGGUACAGCCGACGAGCUCUGGGAGCUGGUGUCCAUCUGCCCACACCUGAAACGACUGACCAUGUCCCAAUACACUCUAAACAAUUGCUUUUUCAAGUUCGACGCAGCUAGAAUGGUGGCCGUCCUGGACAAGCGGAAGCAGCCCUUGGUGCUGCAAUGCUUUGAAUCAAGCGCCGAAGAUUUGGUUCUUCAGCUUUUUAAACAUCCCAAAUUGAAAAUUUCCUUUGAGGCUUUAGAAUAUAGUCCUGUUCCUUCUGAAGCCAUCGAGUUUGAGUUUCAGCCUCUGGAGGCGUGAAGGGCACAAGUAAUAUUAAUGGAUUUUCUUAAACUAAUUUUGUAAACUUUUAAAUUACGGUGAAGUUUUUGGUUUAACUGCGAUGUCCAUGGUGAAAUUACUAACAAGGUGAUGUUAUCCACCCUGCACCCUGCUCAAUAAGACCAGCGCUAUAAAUGGACACAGUUAAGUAAUUUCACCCUCUCGAUGUCCUUCAUGUGCAUAAACCACUAAACUUUUGAUAAAAUGAACUGAUAAACAAGCAACACGCAAAUCAAACUAAAUAAAGAGAAGGGACGUGUGAGACGCUUCUUAUUCAGUGCUA